GUUGCAGAGAGGAGAAGAGAGAGGAGUAAUCCCUGUCUUUCCAGUACCCAGAUCAUUAUUAUUACUAUUAUUAAUAAUAAUAAUAAUAAUAUCACAGAAGACAAGUCAUAUUUCAGAGCUCUGUGUAGAACCAGCAUCCCCCCCACCCCAAACAUUCAUUAUUUGAUUUCUUUACUGCUGAAGAUGGAUUUCGACCUGCCUCCCACCAUACCUGUGAGCGGGAUCCCCUGGGAGAGAGUUCUGCCGCCUCUGCUGCCUCGCUCCGGGGGGACUUUCGGAUCUUACCCCUGGACCCCAGCCGAGCUGCUGGUCCCGGUUAAAGAGCACACAGGAGCCGCACAGGUUGUUUGUGACCAGAAUGGAUUUACUGUGCAACUUGAUGUGAAACACUUCAGUCCUGAGGAGCUGAUGGUCAAAGUCACAGGCAACUAUGUUGUGGUCGAGGGAAAACACGAACAGAGAAAGGACGGAUCUGGAUUAGUGACCCGGCAGUUUAACCGAAGGUACCGAAUCCCAAACGAAGUGGACGCCAUGAAACUGGAGUGUGCGGUGUCACCAGAGGGAACGCUUGUUAUUUCUGCCCCUUUGCUGAAGGCUGAAAAUGCCAAAUCGCCUACACACUCGGAACCACCAGAAGUGUAAAGACCCUCCACGGAUGUUGACAGGGAGACAAGAAGAUGGACCUUCUAAUAUUUAUGUAAUUCUGUCCCAAGAUGCAUUUCUAUCACUCUCAAAAGGAUGAGCAUCAGGAGAAACAGACCAACCUUCCUCUUUCAUGAAAGCUAGCUGGUACUACUUCCAAAGGCCAAUUCCAAACAUACUUGAUACCAAGCCAAACGACAUAUCAUUAAUCCUUUUUGUUCAGCAUUUUAAUAACGUUAGGCUUCCAGGCACACUGAAGACACCGGAUCCAAAUUCAGAAUCCAUCUCAAAUUUUCCAGCAUGUUCUAAACAUUGUUUGAUAACAGUUGCACAUAUCAGAUAUUGAUGAACUUUAUCAGUCUCAUAAGUAACCAAAUCAUUAUUGUUGAGCUCAUGACUGUACAUAUUCCUUAAUAAAUGUUUGUUUUGUAAGUAUUAACUAUAUGAUACGAGUUAUGAUAUUCUAUGCACUAAUUUAACUGCUGCAUUAUCAUAGUCUUCAAAUAAAUAUUUUUUUUUCCAAAAUGGUUUAUUUACAGUGUAAACACAUUCGUAUCCAUUUGCAAACACAAAAUAAAUACACAGUGUAUUGAUUUGCAAUAAUAAACAUGAUUGUGUGCUUAAGUGCACUGUUCUUGGU